AUGAAUUAUGCUACUUGCAACGAGCUGGCCUCUAUCGCAGACAUGAAUAGAAUAUGGACCCUCCAGCUCACAAUUAUGGAGGCGGGCCUCAAAUCGAUCAUUAGGCUUGAGUGGAACUUUGAUCUUGGUACGAGACACCACAGGGGCCAUGCGCACGAUGCCAUGUUUGAUACGACCCAACGUAUGGUCCCCAUUGGCACCUGGAAAUCGGAGCCGUGCGAUGUCGGCAUUGAGUACAGUGACCUUCGACGAUGGAUCGCGCGGUUUGAUGAGCUGGAGGGUUGA